AUGUCCGAUCAGCCUCGGAAAGGGUGCUUUGAGGUGCGAUUGGCUGACGGUUCAUCCACGUUCAUCUCCCUUCUGUCCAUGCCGCGUCCGUUUGGGAAGCUGAAAGCGUUGGACAUAGAUGCUGAAGCAGAGAAAAUAGUGAAUCAACUCCAAGAGGCUGUGAAAGAGGCCGGCGACCCCGAUGCAAAGGACGUGCAGGAGAAAGAAGCGCUCACCGGGCGAAGGAGCGGACUGCGCACCGGUCGAGGGUAUAGCGCGGAAGGGGAUGAGGCGUGGAUUCCCCUGAUUCCCCUCCUUCCCCCCCUUGCUUCCCCUCCUUUCCGCCCUUGCUCCCCCUCCUUUCCGCCCUUGCUUCUCCUCCUUUCCCCCCCUGCUUCCCCUCCUUUCCCCCCCUGCUUCCCCUCCUUUCCCCCCUUGCUUCCCCUCCUUUUCCCCCCUGCUUCCCCUCCUUUCGCCCCCUCUUCCCCUCCUUUUUCCCCCUGCUUCCCCUCCUUUUCCCACUUGCUUCCCCUCCUUUCCCCCCCUGCUUCCCCUCCUUUCCGCCCCUGCUUCCCCUCCUUUCCGUUCCUGCUUCCCCUCCCUUCCGCCCCUGCUUCCCCUCCUUUCCAGCCCUCUCCUUCCCCUAAUUUCUCCCUCUCAUUUCCUUCAUUUUCCCCCGCUGCUUGCCCUGUUCCUCUCCACCACCUUACGCCCGUCCCUUGCCUCUCCUCCCUCUUCCAAUCUCCUCCAUUCCCUCUCCUCCCUCUUCCAAUCCCUCUCCUCCCUCUUCCAAUGUCCUCCCUUCCCUCUCCCAUCUUCCCUAUCCCCCCAAAUCCUUCUCUCCCUUUUUCUCCUCCUCCCCCUCUUCCUAUCUCCUCCUUCUCCUCCUCCCCCUUUUCCUUUUUCCUCUCCUUCUCCUAUCCCUCUUCUACUCUUGUCCACCCCCUCGCUAGCCACUUGCUUUCCCCCUGUUAG